AUGGAGUUGUCAGAAUCUGUUCUUAAAGGACUUCAGGCUUUGGGAGACCCGGUUAAUUUUGACAUGAACAAAUUUACGACUCUCUCUGAGUUGGCAUUCAGAGGUUUGCUUUCUUCAGAGUCAGAAGCUGUGUUAGAUCACCCAGAUUUGAAACAGAUCGAUCCAAUUGUCCUGAAGCACUGCCAUAUUGCACUUACCACCUUCAUCCUGGAAAGUGUUAAGCAGAAUGCAGACAAAUCUACUGUAAGUUCCUGUCUUGAAGAUGUCAGAUUUGACACUGAGAGAGCAGAUGCACUCUGUACAUUAUACCAGGUGAAAUAUGGUUAUCUAAAGUUGAUUUUCCAAUUGUGUUCCUUGAAGCAAAACAAAACAGAUCUGGAGAACUUGUUGUCAAGUAUUGAUAAAUGCCCCCCUCAUAUAACUGAUGUUUCUUGGCGCCUUGAGUACUGCAUGAAGAAUGCCCAUGUACACAAAGUCAACCAGCCAUCCUACUUGAUCUCUUUCAGUGUUGAGAAUGGAGACAAUGGAAGAUCAUCAGAAGAAGAACUAAAUUUUAGUUGUACAAUGGAACAACUUCAGGAUUUGGUGGGGAAAAUGAAAGACGCUGCAAAGAGUAUCGAGAAAGCCAUGCAGCUGUGAGGCCACCCGCUGUUGAGGACUCCCGGAGAGGAUCGGUGUGAUAGAUUUGGCACGUGACUUCAUCCAUCCUGUGCUGAAGUGCACCGAAGUCCGGUUUGCGCUGGAUUGUCGAUACACACUGCAUCUUUUCACAUUGAAUUGGCGAUUUUGUAACUGUUGAUUAACAUAAUGUCCAUUUACUUCAUGAG